CAUAAACCAUCUGUUUUCUUGUAAUUGUUUGGUUUUUCUGGAUGUCGGUUUAAGACAGGGUGGCUGCAAGAGAGGAAAAUCUGGUGUUUCCCUAGUUUACUUAAGAAAAAAGUAUUAUUCCACUGGGUGGCUGCACUGGGUCAGGAAGGGCAUAAGGUAAGUCCCCUGGUUUGUUGUCCCCUGUAAACAAUGGAUCCUUGGACAGAGUUCCUGAAUUGGUGAGGAAAGGCAAUCUGUGCCUCUUCCCCUGAAAUGGAAUGGGUGCCAGGGAGGUCGGCGGUAUGUUUGCCCGGGUCUGUUUAUCAGCCAGAGGUUUGGCCGAAGUGCGAAAGUGAAACCUUACCAGGUCAGGAGGAGUCCUCGUCCCUCUUCUGAAGCUGCUUUUAAGCAGAUUGUGUAAAGCUCCAGACCCCAGCCCAGCCAAACCAUUUGACGAGCGAGAGCAGUUAAGGGGCAGAAGCAUCUGGGCUUGUCCAGGGCGCGCUGGGGGAGGAGCCCAUGGAGAAGCUUCGCACAGUGCUGGACCUGCACCUCAAGCACCACAACGCACUGGGCUACGGCCUGGUGACCCUGCUGACGGCGGGCGGAGAGCGCAUCUUCUCCACCGUGGUGUUCCAGUGCCCCUGCAACGCCACCUGGAACCUGUCCUACGGCCUGGUGUUCCUGCUGGUGCCAGCGCUAGCCCUCUUCCUUCUCGGCUACGUGGUGAGCGCGCGCACAUGGCGCCUGCUCACCGGCUGCUGCGCGCCCGGCGCCCGCGGGUGCUGCAGCAGUGGGCUGCGCGGCACUCUAGUGUUCGCGCAGCUGAGCGGGGCCGCCGCGCUCGCGCCGCUCACCUGGGUGGCGGUGGCGCUGCUCGGGGGCUCCUUCUACGAAUGUGCAGCUAGCGGGAGCACGGCCUUAGCGCAGCGCCUGUGCUCGGGCCGCGAUCCUGCCUGCGCCGUCCAGCUACCGCUAGUGCCGUGCCAGCAGGCCCGGGUGCCCGACGUGCAGGACCUCCUGAAGGACCUCAAGGCCCAGUCGCAGGUCCUGGGCUGGAUCCUGAUAGCAGCUGUUAUCAUCUUCCUUCUAAUUUUUACAUCUGUCACCAGAUGCCUCUCUCCAGUUAGUUUUCUGCAGCUGAAAUUCUGGAAAAUCUAUCUGGAACAGGAGCAGCAGAUCCUUAAAGCUCAAGCCACAGAGCAUGCAACUGAACUGGCAAAAGAGAAUAUUAAAAGUUUCUUUGAGUGCUCACAUCCAAAGGAAUACCAUACCCCCAGCGUUAAAGACUGGCAACAAAUUUCAUCACUAUAUACUUUCAAUCCGAAGGACCAGUACUACAGUAUAUUGCAUAAAUAUGUUAACAGAAGAGAGAAGAGCCAAAGUAUCAGAUCUGCAGAAGGAGAUGUGGUGAUUCCUGUUCUUGGCUUUGUAGAUUCACCUGGUAUAAACUCCCAUGCUGAGAUAUGAAUAGAAAACAACUUUGGAAUUGGUGCUUCCUUUGUAAACACUGGGAUUUUUUUAUAAUUGCUUUUUAAAUUUCGUCUUUCAAACUGAGGAAACAGAAUUUUAGAUAUGAAAUAAAAAUUUAGAGACUAAA